AUGAAUCUCUACGCGCACGAUCUCUCUAUUCUCGAUUUUAACUACAACGUCUCCGGCCGCUUUGACGACUCGUUAUCUCACCGGUUUCUCUCGCCUGGCCCUCUCUUUCACGGGGAGGACGACGAUUAUCGCCGCGCUAUCAGCUUCAGUCGCGACGGAGCUUAUGGCGGAGAAGCGGAUACGGAUCGGAGGGAAUCUCCGGAGCAUCGCCACGAUGGGAAGUCUCCGUUACCUCUGGGGAUGGAUUGGAGUGCUCCUCCUCGUCAAUGGGAAGGACGGAGCACUGUUUGGCCACAUGACCCUCGAACUGGUUGGAGUUACUGUGUCACUGUCCCUUCUUGGGUUGACCUUCCCAAAUCAAGUGCUUCAGAUCCUGCCGUGUUUUAUAGAGUGCAAGUGGCAAUACAGUCUCCGGAGGGAAUCACCUCUGCUAGGCUGAUACUUAGAAGAUUCAAUGAUUUCUUGGAGUUGUAUUCGUCAAUUAAAAAAGAGUUCGUAAAGAAAAGGUUACCCCAGGCACCUCCAAAGAAUAGGCUGAGGGUGAAAAACCAGACACUUUUGGAAGAGGUAGAUGUCGACUCUCUCAACUCUAAGAUUAGUGACAGCAAAAAUAUUCUCAAAAUGUUUAGUCUAUUGCAGAGGAGGUGCUCUCUGGAAGAUUGGAUGAAUAGACUUUUGUCAGAUAUCGAUAUAUCCAGAAGCGCUCUUAUAGCAACAUUUCUUGAGCUAGAAGCUGCUGUUAGGUCUUAUUUCAAUGAUGAAUAUCAAGAAACUGAAGAUAACUCUGUAGACAGUCCGUUACUUCUACCUAACUCCAGUUCUGAUGUUGCUGGUAGUUCAUCAGUUACCAUGGGUCAUGUCAAUGAUUCUGCUGAUGAGACAUCUGAUACCUCAACAACGAAACAUGAAGAAGCUAGACUCAAAAAUAUUGUCUCAAGGAAUUCAACUUCCGAAGAUAAUGUGACUGAUUGGCAUGAAUUAAUCACUGAAUAUGGACUUCUUGAUAAGAGUCCUUCUGCAGAGACUGGUACCAUAACCGAAGAGGGUGUUUCUAGUGGAAUUGGAUUUCAGAGAUUGGAUGGACUUGAUAGAAAGUUUCCAAAAAAGACCAUUGAAAGUGAUAUAACUCAUAUGAGGGAUUCUGAGGCGUCAAUUGGUGGGGAACCUAACCAAGGCUCUAUGGACAUUCAUGAUGAAGCUCAUAUAAACAGUCAUGGUGCAAAUACUGAGGCUGAGAAGGAUGUGGCUAUUGUGUUUCAGUCUGAGGAGAGAAAUAAGCUAAAAAGGGUUGUUGAUAUGUUAAAGCAGAGACUGGAAACAGCAAAAGCUGACACGGAAGAUCUUAUCUCAAGGCUAAAUCAGGAGCUAGCUGUUCGACAAUUUUUGUCAACAAAGGUAAAAGAUUUAGAGGUCGAACUUGAAACAACACGAGAGAGCUGCAAGCAAGGAAUGGAGCAAACAGUUCUGAAGGAAAAGGAAAGAUUUACUCAAAUUCAGUGGGAUAUGGAGGAACUUCGCAAGCAAUGCAUGGACAUGGAAUCAUUGUUAAACUCUAUGAAGGACGAGAAAGAAGAUAUUGAGACUACAAAUCAGGAACUCGUUCAGGAAAAUCAAACGUUGCUGCAGCAGAUCGAUGAUCUAAGAGACAGGUUUGAGAACUUGCAUAAAGAACAUGAAGAGCUAGAAGUGAAAUCGAAAGCAGAACUGAAGGUUCUCGUCAAAGAGGUCAAAUCUCUCCGAACCACUCAAUCAGAAUUGAAGCAAGAGCUUAGCCGCACGAUGAAAGAAAAACUGGAGAUGGAGAGGAUUGUUCAACGGGAGAAGGAUAGAGAAGAAACUGCGAAGACAGCAAACAAGAAGUUGAUGCAUGAGUGUGAUAUUCUACAGAACCGGCUUCAAGAGUGCAAUAUCAAGUUCCACAUAGAAGAGGAGAGUAAAUUAAUAAUGGACUCAUCAUCUGCAUCAGAAGCCUUCGAUUUACUGACAACAUCUGAUAAUCGAAUAGGUCUUCUAAUUGCUGAGACGCAGCUUCUCUCAGAAGAAGUGGAAAAGCGGAAGACAACAACAUCGGAAGAACAUUUUGGAACCGCUGAUGUAGUAAACAAGAUGCUAACAGAGGUUCUUAUUGACAAUGCCAAGUUGAGAAAGCAGAUUAACUCUGUUCUUCGUUGCUCUUUGUCUGGUCAUGGAAUAUCCGUCAGAGAAGCCGCGGGAUCAGAAGAAGAAGAAGACCAAGAAGGGAGUGUUGAUCUAGCAAGAACUGUUCUAAGCAAGAUCCUUGAGAAAUGA